GGAACCAUGUAGCCGCUCCAUGUUUCCCCGCAGGGACGCUAUUAGCGUCGUACUCCUUGCUCUCUUCCGGAAGUGUCUGAACUUGUUUCUGUCUUCGCAAAAGGAGAGUUUGGGAGGCCGGUUGUGCGGGGAGGUUGAGGGCUGCGGAUUCUUUCCUCUUUUCAGCUGCCUGGACGAGACGGACAGCCAAGGAGCGUUUUCUCCUGAGUUUUGUGGUAGUGACGCCGAAGACUUGCAGCAGCCGCUAUGGGGAAAAGACAACAUCAGAAGGACAAGAUGUACAUAACAUGUACAGAAUAUACUCAUUUCUAUGGAGGAAAGAAAGCAGAAAUUCCACAGUCCAACUUCAGACGUCUGCCUUUCGAUCACUGCAGUUUAUCUUUGCAGCCAUUUGAAUAUCCCGUCUGCACGCCGGAAGGAAUAGUCUUUGACUUGUUGAGUAUUGUUCCUUGGCUAAAGAGGUAUGGAACCAAUCCAAGUACUGGGGAGAAACUGGAUGCCAAAUCUCUUAUCAAACUGAACUUCGCUAAAAACAGUGAUGGCAAGUACCACUGUCCAAUCCUCUUCACAGUGUUCACCAAUAACUCGCACAUAGUGGCUAUCAAGACAACAGGCAAUGUGUUUGCAUAUGAGGCAGUUGAGCAGCUGAACAUAAAAACGAAAAGCUACAAGGACCUCCUAACAGACGAACCUUUUACUAGGCAAGAUAUUAUCACAUUGCAGGAUCCAACCAACUUGGACAAAUUUAACGUCUCCAGCUUUUUCCACGUUAAGAACAAUUUGAAGGUGCUGGAUCCAGAUGAGGAAAAAGCAAAAUCAGAUCCGUCCUAUUACCUGAAGAACACCAAUGCCGAGACUCGAGAGACUUUGUCGGAGCUUUACAAAGAAUUCAAAGGCGAUGAUGUCCUGGCAGCAACCAUGAAGGCUCCUGAGAAGAAGAAAGUGGAUAAGCUGAAUGCGGCUCAUUACUCCACGGGCAGAGUGAGUGCCUCCUUCACGUCCACAGCCAUGGCACCAGAAACAAGGCACGAAGCAGCUGCCAUCGAGGAUGACGUGGUGCGGUACCAGUACGUCAAGAAGAAAGGCUACAUCCGCCUGCACACCAACAAAGGGGACCUCAAUCUGGAGCUGCACUGUGACAUGACUCCUAAAACAUGUGAAAACUUCAUUAAAUUAUGCAAGAAGAAUUACUAUGAUGGGACCAUUUUUCACAGAUCAAUUCGUAAUUUUGUGAUCCAAGGAGGGGAUCCGACUGGAACAGGAACUGGAGGAGAAUCUUAUUGGGGAAAGCCAUUUAAAGAUGAGUUCAAGCCCAACCUCUCUCACACAGGACGUGGCAUCCUCAGCAUGGCCAAUUCUGGUCCCAACUGUAACAAGUCGCAGUUUUUUAUCACAUUCCGCUCCUGUGCAUACUUGGACAAGAAGCACACCGUGUUUGGAAGAGUGGUGGGUGGUUUUGAGACUCUGACAGCAAUGGAGAAUGUGGACAGCGAUCCAAAAACUGACCGUCCCAAGGAGGAAAUACGAAUUGAGUCAACAACUGUAUUUGUUGAUCCGUAUGAAGAAGCCGAUGCUCAGGUUGCCGCAGAGAGGGAGAAAGCCCAGCAAGAAGAAGAGGCGGCAAAAGGGAAAACCAAAGUCGUCAUUCCAAAAAAAGAGACAAACAUUCCAAAAACAUACCGUGAGGGAGUCGGGAAGUACAUUAAUAUGGCUGCAGCGAAGCGAGCCUCAGAAGACGAUGGCCCAUCGACCAGCACGGCUGUCAAGAAAGAAAAGAAAAGCUCGACCUUUGGGGACUUCAGCUCUUGGUAGAGGACGGAGGCGACUGCAUCUGGAGCUCCCUGGCCACGAUCAACCCUCAGCUCUAAAUGUUCUGCGCUGAAGCAGGGCAGGGCGCCAGUCAGCUUCCUGACGUUUUCAAGUGCUUUGUUUCCUCAGCAGCACUUGCCUUUGAGUCCUCUUCCAAAAGAUCUCCUUUUGUUUUUGGGGGGUUGAGCUACUGGUGCUCGGCAGUACCAAGAUGACCCUUUCAUGUCGCUACUCUGCAGAUUUUGUUGGUCGAAUUCUGGGAAAGCUAAGCAGAUGAGUGAGCAAGGAUUCACUCCAGGCUAAAAUGGGCAAUGACCCAGUGGAGGAGGGGGGAAAUGGCAUCGUCAGAGCCGCAUCCCUUUGCUCUGGGUGGGUUCACUCAGUCCCCCUACAGCUUGUCCCUGCUGACUUGGAAACAGAGUCCCCCAGACCGCGCAUCCUUCUCUUUCUCUCUCUGUCUCUCUCACGCCUCCAGGCUCACUGGCUUUAUGAGCUGUCGUGCUGCUCCCAAGAGGCAGCCGUCCCCAUGAGGAACGUUGUGCGAUGCCUCCACAUCCAGAGCCGAUGUCUGAUGGACAGCCCGUCCACCCAGAAAAGGAAUCCAGGCUAGCGCCCUUGCUUUGUCUGGCUAAGUCACCUCAGCAACUGACGCUAAUACCAUCCCACUCCUGCUCUGCUCCGGUAGCCAGCAGAGCAUCAGUUCAGAUCUCUGCUGUGAUGCACAAACAUGGCCGUGCUACUCGGUGAGGUGUCGGGUUAAAAAUAGCCUCAGACGAGCAGUGCCGCACCCUCCGUUCCCAGAGCCCCCAAAUGCUGUCUCUUAGCCCUGGUAGCUGGCUGCUGGUCUCUGAUUGGCCUCCUCUGUUGUUUGAUGUGCAGCAGGCUGAUGCUGCAGGACAGCGCGGGCCUUCCUAGAAAAAAACGGUCCCAAGUGUCAGUGAGCCCUGAGCCAGCCACACAGGUGAGGCUAAGGGGCAAAUUACAGGCUACCUCCAAACACAUGACGUGAUGCCCCAGGGGCAGUAAAGCAAAGCUGGGUGUGGGAGGCAGCAGUUUUGAAUGGGGGGCAACCGUGGGGAGAGGCUGCUUAGUCCAUUCCUCCACUGAUCCUUUUUUAUUCACCACCACCACCACCAUGUGUUUGCAAGGAGAAGCCCAUAAAUGCAGCCUUGCUUUGGAAAGAGAAGGGAAGGGGGGGAAAGAGAGAGAAAGGAGUCCGCAGCCUUUCAGCUUGCCUGGUCUCUGCUCAGAGUUUCCCCCUCCUGCAGCUGCCUGGGAAAUAGUCACAGGGACGUCCACAAAACAUGCCAAUGUGCCCUUUGCUGGAGAAACUGGGAAGAGCUGUAGCUGUCAAGAAGCAAUCAGAGCCACACGUUUGUUAAAGGGCAGGCGCUGGCGGAGUGAAUGCCUCAUGUCACUUUAUGGUCUGCUGGGAGGCAGGUUUGCUAGUGCAUCUUUCCAUCUACAUAAAACACAAAGAAAUAGAAAAGCAGUGUCCAAGAUCAAACCCACAAAUGCGUGCAUCUUUCCCAUAGAUGUCCGUGCGGCAAGACAGAGCAAAAGGAUUUCUCAUUGCCAGUAAGAGCUAUCCUGUCCUGUAUAGAGGGAAAGGACAUUGGCGAUUUAACAGACUUGAGAAAUCUUGUCCGUCUGUUUUUGUCCGUUUGUUUUCUCCUUGUUCCAUAUCCAGAAGCAGAGUUUAAAAAGUGGAGCUCCAGGAUAAAGUUGAAGAAGUCCAUACCAGCAUGUGCACAGGCCUUGCUGGACUAUUUAAACUGUCUCUGUGUAGACUGAAUCAUCAUGAACAGAUCUCAGAUUCUGCAAGCUACACCUACAGUUAGAAAAUCUUAACUGCUGCAUCAGAAAUAGAAAAAUUGAUCUGUUUUAUGGGUUUGUUGAGGUCCUUUCCCCCAAAAUUGUAUAUAUUUUGCUUUGGGGGUUUUAGUUGUUUUUAUAAUGGUACUAUCUCAUUUAUGAAAUAAAGAAUCUCCUUUGAUACUAAA